ACUCACACCACAGCUGAGGUUUGAAUGUUUGAUUGUUUAUUUUGCAGUGUUGGUUAGAAUGCUGGAAUUUUGAUGUUGUGGGUGGCUUCAGUGGCUCUGUAGUGCACUAGUGCAUACACAACUACGCAUACAUCGUCUCUCCUUGUCGUCAAUUUACAAAUUGUGCCACAAAAUGAAUGCAGCCGACGAUGAUGGCAACCAUGAGUUUGUCAUUGACGAGUGUGACAUUCUGGAUGAAGUUUCCAUAGACGACGAAGACCUUCCAGAUGCUUAUGAUGACCAAUAUUCUGAUUCCGAACAUUCCGUUGACGUCGAGGAUUCUGUGCAUACAUUCAUUCGUCAUAAUGAGGAGUUGUACUCAGCUGCAUGCAGACCAAGCGAUUCAACAGAGCACAAGAUUCGGGAGUUGUACUCAGCUGCUUGCAGCCCAAGCGAUGCAACAUUGGUGGCAACAGGGGGUCAAGAUGACAGAGGAUUUCUCUGGAAUAUUGGCGAUGAAGUUUGGUAUUCUGAGCUAAAGGGUCAUAAGGAUUCUGUAUCUAGUUUAGCUUUUAGCCACGAUGGACAGUUUCUUGCUUCGGGAUGUUUAGGUGGAAUUGUUCAAGUAUGGGAUGUUUUGGGAAAUCUGAAAGGCACACUGGAGGGUCCUAGAGGGGGAAUUGAGUGGCUUAGGUGGCAUCCGAGAGGACACAUACUCUUAGCUGGUUCAGAGGAUUCCACUGUUUGGAUGUGGAAUGCUGAAAGAGCUGCUUUUGCUAAUAUGUUUGUUGGUCAUGGUGCUAGUGUGACCUGUGGUGAUUUUACUCCUGAUGGGAAAAUAAUAUGUACCGGUUCAGAGGACGCAACUUUGAGAAUCUGGAAUCCAAAAAGUGGAGAAAGCAUUCAUGUGGUGUGGGGACACCCGUAUCAUGCUGAGGGACUAACAUGCUUGUCAACAUCAACCCUUGCCCUUACCGGUUCCGGUGCCAAUCCCGAUUCCAGUUCCAAGUAUGGAUCUGGAUCUGCUCAUAUUGUGAAUAUCUCUACUGGGAAGGUUAUUAAUACCCCGAUUUCUCAUUCAGGGUCCAUUGAAUGUGUUGGCUUUUCACCAAGUGAUUCCUGGGCUGCAAUUAGGGGAUUGGAUAAAAAACUUGUCAUCUGGGAUGUAGAACAUUCCUUAUCCCGUUCCACUUGUAACCAUGAGGGUGGAGUGACAUGUUUGGCGUGGCUUGAUGCUUCGAAUUUGGCCACUGGAUGCUCGGAUGGAAAUGUAAGAUUAUGGGAUAGCCGGUCCGGUGAAUGCACAACCACAUUCCGGGGGCAUUCAAAUGCCAUUUAUGCUCUCUGUGUGUCUGCUGAUAACAAGUACCUUGUUUCGGCUUCAUACGAUGGAACAGCUCGUGUCUUUGAGCUUGGCAGUUAGUAGUAAUCAUCAAGCAAAUCCCCCUCUCGGCCAGCCUGCCCGUUUAUUUGUUGGGGCGGGAUUUAUUUUAAAGGAAGAUCUUUACUUAUUAUUGUUUAUGGUAGGAGUUAAAAGUUGUUGCUUAAAUUAAAUGUUUACAGUUGUGUAGCCUAUGGUUUGAAAAAGCUACCAGUUCAAAAGAUAAAGGAAUGCAAUCCUAAA